GCAACUAUAAAUUCUCCGUUUUUUAAUUCUUCUUUCAUCUCUUCACUAUUUCACUUCUCUCUCUUUCUUCUUCUUUCAUUCCUUUCUCACUUUUUUGACUGCAAAAUCAAAUGACAAAAACAGAAGAAUAAUCUCGUAGCCACUGCAACUCACAAAACAAGAGAGAAAGAACAGAAAGAACAACCUUUUUUUAUCAUAAGAAGUUGCACUGUGACACCACCACCAUCAUCAUCUUCAUCAUCAUGAUUCCCGUUCCUCAUGAAGAACCAAGCUUAGAUUUCAGACCCUCUUUUGUUAACAAUAUCGUCACUGAUUUUCUCUCCCAUCUUUCCUCCAUCCCAAAUGCCUGCAACAGGAUGUCCUUGCUCCAGGAAUUUCUCACCAGAUUGGAACUUGAAUUGGUCAAGAUCCAAGCGUUCAAACGCGAGCUUCCUCUCUGCAUGUUCCUCUUAAACGAUGCUAUUUCAGCUUUGAAGGAGGAGCUAGCGAAAUGCAGAGCUUUCAAGGCUGAGCCUGUUUUGGAGGAGUUCAUUCCUCUGAAGAGAGAGUAUGAGGAGAAGGAGGAUAAUGAGAAGGAAGAGGAAUGCAGAAACAAGAAUGAUUGGGUGAGUUCUUUCCAGCUUUGGAACACAGAAGAUGAAGCUUAUAAUAGGAGCAAGGCAUGUAGAUUGGAGCAGAAACAAAAGAAGAGUAAAGGAGAAGAAAGAAAAUCUAUGGAAAAGGACUAUUUCCAACAUGAUAGUAAUAGAAAUGUAGAGAGAGGAUUUGUUAUGCCUUUGUCCACUUACCUUGCAACAGAGGAAGAAUGUGUUGUGGAUGGACUUUCUCUCAAGACACCUGCAACUGCAGUGAAAAACACAAGAGAGGGACGUGGUUCCAGAAUCAGCUCUUGCAGGGUGGUUUCCUCCGCUCCUUCGCCCAUGCUGCUGCCGCAAAGUGGCCGGAAACAAAGGAGGUGCUGGUCGCCGGAGUUGCAUCACCGCUUUGUUAAGGCAUUAGAGGAGCUUGGAGGCUCUCAAGCUACACCAAAGCAAAUUAGGGAACUCAUGAGGGUUGAUGGCCUGACCAACGACGAAGUAAAGAGUCAUUUACAAAAAUACAGACUUCAUACAAGGAGAGUUCCAGCUGCUACAGCCGCAAAUUGUAGUAUCUCUGGUGCAGAUCUUGGAGGCUUGUGGAUGCACAAAGAAUCAUUGAAGGGUACAAGUUAUUGUUCUCCUCAAGGGCCUCUCCAAUUCGCUACACAAUCUGGGGACACGACAUCCACAACAGAAGGUGACAACAUGAUAGAUGAUGAUGUAAAAUCGGACUUAUAACUCUGGAAUGUCACAUUCAAAACAAAAACAUGGAAAAGGUGAUGUCUAGAUGUUUUCUCACCGUGAAUUUUGCAGAUAAAAUUAGAGGAGUUUCACAUCUACUCAAGAACAACACAUGAUUACAUAAAAGAGGAUGGAUCUUCGGAGAGAGGCUUUUGAAAAUUUGAAGGACCGGUUUUACUUCCAUCCCAUGAGUUUUGAUAUGAUACUCUGAGGAAAGAAUAAGCUUUUUCACAUUAAGAAGCAGGAGCAGUUUAUUUUUCCAAUAUCACAAUGAUCAUUCAUUUCUUCUUUUUCCACGAAAUCAUUAUUAUAGAGCUGAAGGAGAAAACUCCGACACGUCUUUGAAGGGAUUUCUGCAGUUAUAGGUGGAUUUUGGAGUUUCAUGAUUUCAUGGAUGACUUAAUUAGCUUAGAUUAUCCAUGUCUGAGAACGUGUACUGAUUGUAGCAGAGUCAAAAUAAGUUUAUGAUGUAACUCCCAGUUUUGUUCUCUAUCUUGUGUAUUGUAAUAAUAGUGGUGAAGGAUUGUUCAGCUUUUAA